UCUGUUUAAGUCCAGCCUGAUCUAUAUGAUUAGUCCCAGGCCAGCCAGGAUGACAUAGUGAGAUCCUGUCUCCAACUGGAAAAAUAGUUCUGUGUAUCCUGCUUCUCUUCCUAGGAUGGCCUCAGGCAAACCACGUAGCACCCGAAAGCUCCGGAGUUGGAUAAUAGAGCAACUGGAAAGUGGGCAGUUCCCAGGGGUGUGCUGGGAUGAUGCAGACAAGACCAUGUUCCGGAUUCCCUGGAAGCAUGCAGGCAAGCAAGACUUCCGUGAGGACCAGGACGCUGCCCUAUUCAAGGCUUGGGCACUGUAUAAGGGAUACACCAGUGAAGGAAAUGCUGCUGUCUGGAAGACUCGCCUGCGCUGUGCCCUCAACAAGAGUUGUGAAUUUGAAGAGGUUCCUGAGAGAGGCCGUAUGGAUGUUGCUGAACCCUACAAAGUGUAUCGGAUACUGCCACCAGGAACCCUCCCUGCCCAACCAAGAGUCCAGAAAUCACCAUCAAAGCGAUGCAUCAGGUCUGUGUCACCGGAGAGGGAAGAAAGUAAGGAGGAAGGGAGGACCAACUGGAUUGUAAACCACUCAGACAGUGGCUGUGAUGGAAGCAGCAUCGUUGACUGCAGAGGCGGUGGCGGCAGCAGCAGCAGCAGCAGCAGCAGCGGGGGCAGCCCAGAGCCAGAGAAAGGUACUGUCUCUCCUGAAGCCUCCAUUCAAGAGGACCCAGUGUUCAUGGAGCAUCAGCUUCCUCUGAACUCAGACUACUCGCUGCUGCUCACCUUCAUCUACAAUGGGAAUGUGGUGGGUGAGGUCCGGGUGACAAACCUAGACUGUCGCCUUGUGGCUGAGCCCUUUCUCUCGGAGAGUGAGAUGCUGCAGGUGACCUUUCCCAAACCUGAUCCACUGGAGCCUAUCCAGCGCCUGCUGAGUCAGCUCGAGAGAGGGAUCCUGGUGGCCAGCAAUUCCAGAGGCCUCUUUGUUCAGCGCCUCUGUCCCAUCCCCAUCUCCUGGAAUGCACCUAAGGCCCCACCUGGGCCUGGUCCACAUCUGCUGCCCAGCAAUAAGUGUGUGGAGCUCUUCAGCACCAACUACUUCUAUAGAGACUUGGCCCAGUAUUACCAGGGCCAAGGCCCCCCACCCAAGUUCCAGGCUUCACUGAAUUUCUGGGAGGAGAAGCCUGACUCUAAGCACACCCAGGAGAAUCUUAUCACAGUGAGGAUGGAGCAGGCCUUUGCCCGACAUUUGCUGGAGACAAUUCCAGAGGAGCAGAGAGCUGCUUUGUUCCUGGUGCAGAACCCAGAACUCCCGUCCGCUGCUGUAUCACUCCAUUGAAAUGGACUUGUUCUCCACUCCGCUGGUCGGCCUGCUUUUGUGAUGGCUCUAUCACUGUGAUUAUACAUCAUGGCUGGUAGUGCAAGGAUCAUGUUCAUCCAGAAAGUAAUUACAUUGAGAGCCAGGCUUGUUGGUGAAUAUUUGUAAUCUCAGCACUUGGGAGACAGACUGAAUGAUUAUGAGUUCAUGGACAGACCCUGAAGAGACUUUUAUUUACUAU